CCUAGUGAGUAGGCGUGGCAGCAGAGGAGUCGAGAGAGUGUCCAGUCGCCGUCUUUGCCUCAGGAACACAGCCUGGGCUUGGUUGUUACAUCCCCAGCCUAACUAGGGCAACUAACUCCCCGCAGGGCCAAGGGACCAGUAAGAAACAGGGGUUGGGUCGAUGGGUAAGGGGUAAAGGAAAAUUGAUAGCGGUUCCUUUAAGGCAGGAAAGAGCGUUUCUAUUGGACAAGAGGAACGGCGCUGUGCGCAGCUGCGGGAGCCUUUAAGCCUUGACACACGGGGCUGCAACUUGCUAGUGCAGCGGGAGUGAGCAAAGCGACGUUUCGUCCUUGUCCUUCCCCUUCCCCGCCCCGAGACCUCCCGCUCGCCUCGCCGCGCCCCUUUGGCGCCCUCCCGCCCAUCCCGACACCCAAGCCGGUGCCCACGCGCUCCGGGAUGCCUCGUUACGAGCUGGCUUUGAUCCUGAAAGCCAUGCAGCGGCAAGAGACUGCCACUGCCCUGAAGCGCACGCUACAAGCCCUAAUGGAUAAAGGCGCAAUAGUGAGAAAUUUGGAAAACCUGGGUGAAAGGGCACUUCCAUAUAAGAUCUCCAUACAUAAUCAACGCCAUCAGAGAGGAGGGUAUUUCUUGGUGGAUUUUUAUGCACCAACAACAGCUGUUGAGAAUAUAAUGAAUCAUUUGUCCCGAGACAUUGAUGUGAUCAGACCGAAUAUUGUGAAACACCCACUAACCCUUGCAGAGAAAGAGUGUGAAGGCAUCGUUCCUGUUCCUCUCGAAGAUAAAUUAUAUUCCAAGAAGAAGAAAUAAAUAGAAGAUGUAGCUGGUUGCAGGCAUAUUUUUUUUCUAAUUCCCUAACAAUGUGCACCGUUUAUUAUCAGUUCACUAGUCUUGAUCUUUAAUUGUGUAGGAACUUCAUAAUUAACAAAUGGCAAGUGUACCUUUAAUUUUUGAAGGUUAAUAUAGCAAUAUAAAGUUAAUAUAAUAUUUGCCUCUUCUCAGAGGGAUAUUACUUGCCUAAGGCAAGUUGCCCAUCAUCCUCACCUAUGUUUGGCCAAAAUGCAUUAUUUUUAAAAGUCAUUUCUCUCUCUUUUAUUCAAAGAUAUUUUCAUUUUUCUCUUGGAAAAAAAAAAGAGAGGCAUGGCAUCAUAAUUGUAAUCAUUGUUUAAAACUGAAAUGUGACUAACACUAUACCAGGCAUAAACUGAUGUGUGAUAUUUAUGUGAAUUCCUUUUGAACAGGGUAAUAAAGGUGAUUUUAAAAAUUAAAAA